AAAGUAAUUAGUUGAGUUCUAGCAUUACUCUUAGAAAGAAUAAUGAAACUCUUCUUAAUAAUAGGUUUAAUUUGUGGCCUUAUUAUCGCUAAUAAAGCGGCGGUAAUGAGAGGAAAUUAUGCAGAUCCAAGACACCCAGGUAAAUGUGUAUAUCGUGAUAUGAUAUUGUCGCCUGGAGAACAUCCCUAUUCAAAGUGUGGGCGCAUGUUGUGCGGUGAAACUGGAUGGAUAGCUUUUCAUACCUGUGGUGCCAUACUACCACCAGAAGGUCAUAAGCUGGGAGAAUCCGUUUAUCCAGAUUCACCAUAUCCGAAAUGUUGUGAAAGGCAUUAUAUUCCAAUUGAAAAGGAAAAUGAGUAAAAUAUAAAGAAAAUCCAAAAACUCGCAAAAUUUAAUAAAAAUAAAAAACUCAACUUUGUUUAUACAAAAUCAAUUAAAAAACU